AAUAUUCUUCUUGCCCUCUGAUGAGAAUGUGAUGGUGAAAACAGCAGAUGUUAAAUCGUCAAAUGAACCUAAAGUCACGUGGAAGAGGGAAAGUGGAUCAAAACGAAAAGGUGAUUAUUCGACUUUAUUAAUGGUAACUGGUUACAAGAAGUCUUCUAACAAACAAGACUACCAGCCUCUUAUUUACACCAACUGGAUGGUAGCUAACAUUGCUAACGGACAGGUCUCCAGUGGAAUAACAGUGAAAGAAUACGAGGGUCCACAACCAACACCUAACACUGACAAUAAAGUUUACUUCCUAUUAUAUCAUCACUCAAAACCUCUGGAAAUAUCUUCAUUAGGAAAAUACAGCAACCCAGAAAACUCAAGAUACCAGCUGGACUUAGAUGCAAUUUUGAAGGAUAACAAAAUGGAUUUAACAGCGUCAAAGUAUAUGUUAAUGGAGGUUGAUGAAUAUUCUCGGUUCAAAUCGAUUCAGGACUCAAAUAGGCCAGAAUCUGAAGUUUGUAAAGGUGUCAUUGGAUAUCCAAAACUAUGUGGAAAGACACUGCGAAAGAAUGUUCCAUUGACCAUCAACAGGAAAUAAUAAAUAAAGA